UGGCACAGGCCCGUGAGGUGGAGGGAAAUGAGGGGCAAGUGCAUUUUGACGUCCGGGUUGCUGUUUGUCACUCUCUCUCUUGCUAUUGCCAAGCACAAGCAGUCUUCCUUCGCCAAGAGUUGUUACCCAAGGGGAACACUGUCCCAAGCUGUUGACAUGCUCUAUGUCAAGGCAGCAAGGCUCAAGGCAACAAUUCCUGAAGACAGUAUAAAAAAUAUACGAUUAUUAAAAAAGAAAUCAAAAAAGCUGUUUAUGAAAAACUGCAGGUUCCAAGAACAGCUUCUGUCCUUCUUCAUGGAAGAUGUUUUUGGUCAACUCCAGUUACAAGUUUGCAAGGAAAUCCACUUUGUGGAAGAAUUUCAUAGCCUUAGGCAGAAACUGAGCCGCUGUAUUUCCUGUCCUUCAUCAGCUAGAGAGGUGAAAUCCAUUACCAGGAUGAAAAGAACAUUUUAUAGGAUUGGAAACAGAGGAAUCUACAAAGCCAUCAAUGAACUGGAUAUUCUUCUUUCCUGGAUUAAACAAUUCCUGGAAAGUAUUAAGUGA